AUGGACUGGAAGACGCUCCAGGCCCUGCUGAGCGGCGUGAACAAGUACUCCACGGCCUUCGGGCGCAUCUGGCUGUCGGUGGUGUUCGUCUUCCGGGUGCUGGUGUACGUGGUGGCGGCGGAGCGCGUGUGGGGUGACGAGCAGAAGGACUUCGACUGCAACACCCGGCAGCCGGGCUGCACCAACGUCUGCUACGACGACUUCUUCCCCAUCUCCAACAUCCGCCUCUGGGCGCUGCAGCUCAUCUUUGUCACCUGUCCCUCCCUGCUGGUCAUCCUGCACGUGGCCUACCGGGAGGAGCGCGAGCGGCGCCACCGCCAGAAGCACGGCGACCAGUGCGCCAAGCUCUACAGCAACACGGGCAAAAAGCACGGGGGGCUGUGGUGGACCUACCUGUUCAGCCUCGUCUUCAAGCUCGUCAUCGAGCUGGUUUUCCUGUACGUGCUGCACAGGCUGUGGCACGGCUUCAGCAUGCCCCGCCUGGUGCAGUGUGCCAGCGUGGUGCCCUGCCCCAACACCGUGGACUGCUACAUCGCCCGGCCCACCGAGAAGAAGGUCUUCACGUACUUCAUGGUGGGCGCCUCGGCUGUCUGCAUCGUGCUCACCAUCUGCGAGAUCUUCUACCUCAUCUCCCACAGGGUCCUGCGGGGCCUGCGCAAGGUCAGGCCUGCGAAAGAACGCGUCUCCCCGAAUUCCUCCAGCCGGGCCUCCACUUGCCGCUGCCACCACAAGCUGCUGGAGACCGAGGAGCUGGCUGCCGACCCAGGCGAUGUCACGCUGAAGGCUUCGGCACCCAACCUCACUCCCAUCUGAUCGUGGCUUGGGGGAGCAAGGCAGGGAGGUGUUUCGUAGGUGGAGGAGUCCUGAAGGUGCUGGGUGCCCCCACUCUCAAUUCACUAAGCUAGCCGAUCCCAUUCGUGGAUGCUGGACGCUGAACUGAGUUUUUGUUAUUUAGGGUGUUUUGUUUGGUUGGGA